GCCUUCCCUUCCCAGGGCAGGUGGGGAAGGAAGGCCUGCUCUUCUAGAGCCUAUGGGAAUGGAGAAGGGCCAAGAGCCAUCGUCCUAAGGAAUCCCAGGUGGUGGUGGUCAUAGCAGUGGUGGUGGGUGGGGGGAGGGGGAGUAGUAAUGGCCCCUAGACUCAGCACAGUCUCUUGUAAGGCUAGAGCAAGGCUAUGCUGGGACCUUCCUCCUCUCUUGGCGGUUGGGUGGGCAAUUCUCCCAAGAGUGGGCCAGUAGAGAUGUGUUUCAGCAGCACCACAAUUGUUACUGGGGCAGGAAUAGUUGUGUUCUGAGUCCUUGGACUUUUUGCCCAGUGCCUGCUCCUGGGAAAUCCCUCUGGGCAGAGGCAGGAGCUGUGGCUGGUGGGUUCUGAGACCUUUUCUGGAAAGGCUUCCUCCCCACCAUGGUUUCAGGAAACUGGACCUACCCCCAAGUCAAACUUACUCAAAUUUCAAUCUUUAGCGAAUAUUAGAAGUUGAGUUUCAUUCCACAAGAGCUGCAAAUCUUAUGAAGAAACCAUUUGAGAGAACAAGUGCACAGGAAAAUGGGCCUUUCCUGCCUGCUCAAUAUCACUGCCUUGAACCCCUGGGGAGCCACCUGUUAAAGAUGUGCCUGCAGCUGGCUCAUCCUAGGCCAGCGUUUUUCCACAUUUAAAGAUUCAUGACCCAUCAAAAACUAUAAAAAUCUCAUGCCCUUUUGUAUUUUAUGAUGCAAAAAUCAUAGGUCCCUUUUCAUUUUCCAAAUAUAAAAUUAUAAUAUCAACUACACAUUUUCUUGGUACAAAGCCCUCUCUCCCCUCAUUGACAAUUGCUGUCCAAGACCCUUCAAAGCUAUGAUAUUAGAUGACUGGAUCUGUAGGUCACUCCUUGAGCUUCUAGAGCCUUAGAAGAAGGGACUCUGUCCCUUCCUGUCCUUCAGGCUCCAGUCACCUGGCCACAGAAAAGAGCUGGGCAGCAUGCACAGGGCCCGCUACAGGGAGCAAGCAAGGACUUAUUUGGCACAUAAUUAGUUUCCAGCCUCCCGGGGUCUUGUAUGCCAGAGGUGUGAAGAGAAUGAACAAUUAAUAAAACUCUGACUCCAGGGAGCCAGUUCUAGCUGGGGAAAUAGGAACAGGCUGUUUAACCAACAACAAGUAGUCCUGUUAUACACAGACACACACACACACACCCACACACACAAUCAAACAGCCUGUCUCACCCUCCCCACCAGACCUGUGCAGAGACACAGACACGUUCCAGCUCGGAGCUCUGCCAGCAGCAGGCGUGAGAUAAACAUCCCGGAGUGACUGACACACUCCCUCCACCACAGAUCCCAGAUAUCACCUCUCUGCCCACCAGCCCCUCGCCUCCUUCCCCCUCACUGUGCUGCCUCUUUUAAACCUGACUCUAAGGGCAGUGCUCAGUGGCCCACAAAGGGUUCUGAUUGUGGCUAUUCCAUGGCCCUUCCCCAGGGAAGGGAGGGGAGCUGAGACAGAUGGGAGGCUUGUCCUGCUGUGGCCACCGAGCGAAACUCUUGGAUGGCUAAGAAUGAGCCAGGAACUGUUCCUGCCCAGGCUACCGCUGAAUGCCUUAACCUCUCCCUAACUCUGGCCCCACAGAGGCUCCGGGGGCUUUGCCCCGCUGGGGCAGCUCCCUCAAUUCUCUGGCCCCCUUUCAUAGUUCCAGGCCAGCGCCCCUGCCCACUCCCCAUCAAUGGCCCUGUCUUUUCCCAGGCCCUCUGCCUUCUCCUGUCACAGCACUUGUCCCUGUGCCUCUGCUCUCUCCUUGUUUCCCGCGGCAUGUUUUGUCCCCCAGCGUGACUGUCAGUUCUUCAAGUGCAAGAGCCUGUCUUUGCCUUCCUUGUGACUGGUGCCCCCUGCGAGUUCCGCACACACAGGCUGCUCCCUGGAUGCUCAUUGAAUUGAUGAAUUCAUUUGCUGCCCUCUCCCACCCGCCCCAGGACACACCCACGAACCCUGCCUGUGUGUCUCUGCUCUACAAUAACCCUGUGUUCUCCACCCAGAAGACUUGCUUGGGCCCCUGGUCUCUCUAUCCAUCCGUCGCAAGUCUCAGCUUCUUAAGUCUUCACUGGCUUUUUGUCAACACCUCCCCUGCCCUCUCCCACACCUGCCCCAAGCUCCACCUACAUGCUAAGCCCUCUGCUGGAGGGUGGGGACCAGAGGAAGGAGGCCCACCCCUGCCUCUUGCUGCGUAAUGGCUCCUGUCAGAAAGAAAAUGAGGGCUGGGGACAGGUGGAGGUGAGGUGGGACCAGCUGCAGCUGAGGAACCUUUUGAGCAUUUAGAGGGUGUGGGUUUGACGUUGCUGUUCAGGGGAGCCCUGAAGCUAUCUCAAGCCCCAGAGACCCAGGAUUUAGGGCUCAAGGGGUCAGAGGCUGGAGUGAGGCUCACGUCCGAGACUCUGAGUCACUGCUAGAUGUCCCCUGUUGAGAGGACAUCACUGAGGAGCUCACUGGGAAGUAUGCUGAGGUCCCAGAAAGAAUUUAGUCCUGUGGCCUCUUUUCCUUGUGGCCUAAGAACUUUGAAUUUCACCAGGCAGACUCUUUUCCCAUGAAAUAGAUGCAUCAGUGAAGACCAGAGCAAAACCACAACUUGUCUGCAGUUACAGAGCUGGUCAGGAGCAGAGCCAGGCUUAGCACUGCGAUUCCCUGACUCACUCUCCACCACCAGCCCGAAUUUCCCUGGUGCAAGCUCUCCACUCCCCACCCCUUGGUAGGCAGAACUGGGCAUUGUUGGGUGCUGCCAUUCCCAGGGGGGACGCUGAGUAGAAGGGGACAAUCUGAAUAUUCCCCCUUCCCUGUGCUCCUCACCGUUUCCUGCCACGUUGUCUUCUGUCUCUCCCUCUGGUGUUCGGUUGACCUGUUCUCUGCUUCUCCUCCUUCUGACCGCGUGAGGACCCCUCCUCUGGACAGGAGCUCUCUUCUGGGUUCCCGCCCGCAGUACCUGCUCGCAGCCGCCAACUAGGCCGAGCAUGCCGGGGUCCGCACCUACUUCUUCAGUGCCGAGAGCCCCGAGGAGCAAGAGGCCUGGAUCCAGGCCAUGGGGGAGGCUGCUCGAGUACAGAUCCCUCCAGCCCAGAAGUCAGUGCCCCAAGCUGUGCGGCACAGCCAUGAGAAGCCAGACUCGGAGAACAUCCCACCCAGCAAGCACCACCAGCAGCCGCCCCAGAACAGCCUCCCCAAGCCUGAGCCAGAGGCCAAGACUCGAGGGGAGGGUGAUGGCCGAGGUUGUGAGAAGGCAGAGAGAAGGCCCGAGAGGCCAGAAGUCAAGAAGGAGCCUCUGGUGAAAGCCAACGGCCUCCCAGCUGGACCAGAGCCAGCCUCAGAGCCGGGCAGCCCUUUCCCCGAGGGCCCAAGGGUGCCAGGGGGUGGGGAACAGCCUGCCCAGCCCAAUGGCUGGCAGUACCACUCCCCAAGCCGGCCAGGGAGCACAGCUUUCCCGCCUCAGGAUGGAGAGACUGGGGGACACCGGCGGAGUUUCCCACCACGCACCAACCCCGACAAAAUUGCCCAGCGCAAGAGCUCCAUGAACCAGCUUCAGCAGUGGGUGAACCUGCGCCGGGGGGUACCCCCGCCUGAAGACCUUCGGAGUCCCUCUAGGUUCUACCCUGUGUCUCGCAGGGUCCCUGAGUACUAUGGCCCCUACUCCUCCCAGUACUCCGAUGAUUACCAGUACUACCCACCAGGGGUGCGGCCGGAGAGCAUCUGCUCCAUGCCGGCCUACGAUCGGAUCAGCCCGCCCUGGGCCCUGGAGGACAAGCGCCAUACCUUCCGCAAUGGGGGCGGCCCUGCCUACCAGCUGCGAGAGUGGAAGGAGCCCGCCAGCUACGGGCGGCAGGAUGGCACCGUCUGGAUCCCAAGCCCCUCCCGGCAGCCAGUCUAUUAUGAUGAGCUGGAUGCCGCCUCUAGCUCCCUGCGCCGCCUGUCCCUGCAGCCCCGCUCCCACUCUGUGCCCCGCUCACCCAGCCAGGGCUCCUACAGCCGUGCCCGCAUUUACUCCCCUGUCCGCUCACCUAGUGCCCGUUUUGAGCGGCUGCCACCUCGCAGUGAGGACAUCUACGCUGACCCUGCUGCCUAUGUGAUGAGGCGAUCCAUCAGCUCCCCCAAGUAUGAUUACCUGGGAGACAGGCGGCCAGUCCCUGCAGGACUGUUCCCCUACAACUACCCACCAUCCCCCACGGUCCACGAUAAGAUGGAUGAACUUUUAGAUCUUCAGUUGCAAAGAAACCUAGAGUAUUUGGAUCAGCAGAUGAGUGAGAGCGAGACUCUCAUCAGUAUGGUGAACCGCAUGGUGGAAAACUCCUCCCCCAGGUCCCAACUCUUCAUGCAAGUCCCUCCGUACCCAGAAGUGUUCCGGGACAGCCUCCACACCUACAAGUUAAAUGAGCAAGACACAGAUAAGCUGCUGGGAAAAUUGUGUGAGCAGAACAAGGUGGUGAGGGAGCAGGACCGGCUGGUGCAGCAGCUCCGAGCUGAGAAGGAGAGCCUGGAAAGUGCCUUGAUGGGGACCCACCAGGAGCUGGAGAUGUUUGGAAGCCAGCCCGCCUACCCAGAAAAGCUGCGGCACAAAAAGGAUUCACUGCAGAACCAGCUCAUCAACAUCCGCGUGGAGCUGUCUCAGGCGACCACGGCCCUGACGCACAGCACCAUAGAGUAUGAGCACCUCGAGUCUGAGGUCUCUGCCCUGCACGAUGACCUCUGGGAGCAGCUCAAUUUGGACACCCAGAAUGAGGUGCUGCACCGGCAAAUCCAAAGGGAGAUCUGGAGGAUCCAGGACGUGAUGGAGGGGCUGAGGAAGAACAACCCCUCCCGGGGCACAGACACCGCCAAGCACAGAGGAGGAAUUGGCCCCUCAGCCACCUACAGCUCCAACAGCCCGGCCAGCCCCCUCAGCUCUGCCAGCCUCACCAGCCCCCUGAGCCCCUUUUCACUGGUGUCGGGCUCUCAGGGGUCCCCCACCAAGCCUGGCUCCAAUGAGGAACCUGGCCCGCCUCGGCCUCCCCUCCCCAAAGCCUACGUCCCCCUGGAGUCUCCUCCAGCCGUCCCUCCACUCCCUAGCGAGAGCCGCUUCUGGCCCUAUCCCAGCUCCCCUUCCUGGCACCGCAGUGGCGAGACAGCCAGGGGGCAGCCCAAGGCAAACUAUGAACAAAGCAAGAAAGACCCCCACCAGACAUUGCCCCUGGACACCCCCAGAGACAUCAGCCUUGUGCCCACCAGGCAAGAGGUAGAGGCAGAGAAGCAGGCAGCUCUCAACAAAGUUGGCGUUGUGCCCCCUCGGACAAAAUCGCCCACUGAUGACGAGGUGACCCCAUCAGCAGUGGUGAGAAGGAAUGCCAAUGGGCUCACCAAUGGACUGUCUUCCCAGCAGGAACGCCCCAAGAGUGCUGUGUUCCCUGGCGAGGGGAAGGUCAAGAUGAGCGUGGAGGAGCAGAUUGACCGAAUGCGGCGGCACCAGAGUGGCUCCAUGAAGGAGAAGCGGAGGAGCCUGCAGCUCCCGGCCAGCCCGGCUCCCGACCCCAGUCCCCGGCCAGCCUACAAAGUGGUGCGCCGCCACCGCAGCAUCCAUGAGGUGGACAUCUCCAACCUGGAGGCAGCCCUGCGGGCAGAGGAGCCUGGCGGGCAGGCCUACGAGACACCCCGGGAGGAAAUUGCCCGGCUUCGCAAAAUGGAGCUAGAGCCCCAGCAUUAUGAUGUGGACAUCAAUAAGGAGCUCUCCACUCCAGACAAAGUCCUCAUCCCCGAACGGUACAUUGACCUGGAGCCUGACACUCCCCUGAGCCCUGAGGAGUUGAAGGAGAAGCAGAAGAAGGUGGAGAGGAUCAAGACACUCAUUGCCAAAUCCAGUAUGCAGAACGUGGUGCCCAUCGGCGAGGGGGACUCUGUGGACGUGCCCCAGGACUCAGAGAGCCAGCUGCAGGAGCAGGAGAAGCGGAUUGAAAUCUCCUGCGCCCUGGCGACCGAGGCCUCCCGCAGGGGCCGCAUGCUGUCUGUGCAAUGUGCCACCCCAAGCCCUCCCACCUCCCCUGCUUCCCCGGCUCCUCCAGCAAACCCCCUGUCGUCUGAAUCCCCACGGGGCGCCGACAGCAGCCAUACCAUGCGGGUCUGAGCUCUGACUGCAAGCCCUGGCUGAGGCCAAUGCUGUGAAGCUCCACAGAGCCACAUUCUGAAGCCGUCCUCUGCCCACCCUGGCUCCCCACCCUGGCCCCCUGCCCCUGCACUCCCAUGGGAAUGCUACAGGGAGCCAGGCUGGGGCCGUGGGCUGCUGCUGAGAGGACCGUGGAUACCUCAGUGUCCACACACCCACCACGCCUAGUCCUGGAGCCCUCAUUACUCACACCGUGGUCCUGGGCCAGGGCCUGAGAUGACAGUGGGGAGCACCAUCCUCGUCAAUGUCCAAGUCACAGGGAGCCUCAGCCUUGCCCUGGCUGGGGUCGUGGUGACUCCAGUGGAACAUUCCCUGAUGGGGGACAUGCCGUGGUGGAGAACACACCUGUGGCUAUCUUCGGUGAGGACUAGAGGUGAAGAGGAGAUGGACGCUGCCUCUGGAGCCAGCCUGACACCGAGGACAGCACUUGUCAUCAUCCCUAUCCUCAUCAGCCCCACCCUGCUGCCUCAGCUGGACCCAGGGCUUUGACACAAACCCACUGCUUUGCUUAUGGGUGCUCCCUGGGGUCCAGUGGAGACUGACCACCCCGCUUGAGCCAAAGACAAGGUGAUGAGAGAUGGGGAGAGGCUAUUGGCUCCCAGAGGGAACAGUGCUGGCUGUGGCUAGAGAACAGCAGGUCUGUGCAGUGUCUGAGGGCAGGUUGGGAAGGGUAGCAGAGAGACAGAGACAGAAAGAGCGAGAGAGAGAGAGAGAGAGAGAGAGAGAUCCUCAGAGUGGAAGGAGGAGAAGCAGCAGGACACAUUGGCAAGUCAAGCAGGAAGGAGGGAGAUGAAAAGGGGGUAUCGGAUUGGUUUCCCCAGGUGGAGCCUUAGGUUAGUGCCCAGUGCAGUGCCAGACUGUCUCCUCUGCUCCUCCCACCUCAUCCCCAGGAGGACCCACCAGUGGAGCACAUGGCAGCCUCAGUGGAGGUGCUUGGUGUGGGGAUCUGGGUGAAGGCGGUUGAGUAGCGACUGCCUGGGAGAUGGCUGUUGGUAGGUCUGCGCCUGGUGUCUGCCUCCCCAUCCUGGGGAAAGGGGCAGAGAAAAGGACUUGUCUUAUGUAGGGUGUGGUCAGCCUUGGGGCCUUACCUACCCAGUUCCGUGAUAUUUCUUGCCCUGUUCCCCCUGGAAUGUGCAGUGGGCCAGCUGAGAGUACGCCUUGAGGAGGGGGGAUGAGGCAUUAAUCUGGGAGGCCAGAUUCCAGGACCGUCCCCCCUAUCCCAGACAUCCCAGACGAGGACUGGCUGAGGCUAGGCGCUCUCAUGAUCCACCUGCCCAGGGAGGGCAGUGGGGGAGCGACAGAAAAGCAAACACAUUCUUCCUCAGCUCCACCCACCUGGAGAUGAAUGUAGCCAGAGAGGAGGAAGGAGGGAAGCUGAAGACGCCGUGGCCCCUCGGCCUUCUCUCUGCUAGAGUUGCCGCUCAGAGGCUUCAGCCUGACCUCCAGCGAUCCCAAGAACAUCUACUAAUUCCUCUCCACUCCUUCAUGGCUGGGACAGUUACUGGUUCAUAUGCAAGUAAAGAUGAUAAUUUACUCAACAAAUAUUUAUCGAGCACCUUUUAUGUACCAGGCACUGUUCUAGGUGCUUAGGCUAUUCUCAUGUUUCUGAGGGAUUACAGCCUGGGAGGAUUCCACCAAUCUUCACUUCUAGCAGGUUUUUCAAACGUGACCCUUGGCUAUAUUUCCCAUCUUCACAGUUCAAGCACCCCAAACCUGCCCUUUCUCUCCUGCAGACUGGCAGGUGGGAUUGGCUCCCAGGUCAUCUCCUCUCUCUCUUUCUCCCAAGCCUUUCUCCCUCCACAGGAAACAGAUUUUUCAGGGCCUUCCACGCCUGCCGCUUUGUCUGUCUCUUUUUUUUUUUUUUUAAGUAAUAUUUUUUAGAAAUACAUGUAAAAUACCAAGAAAUAAUGUCUGCGCCUCUGCCACCUCUCUCUCACCUCUUAUUUCAUAAAGCUGGCUCUUUAUGUUGCUUUACAUGCCUUAAUAUAUGUUUUAUGGAGAUUAUACAUAUUAUAGGUCUAUAUAUGUAAUAUAUUUGUUUGGAUGUCUGAUCUUUUCCUACAGUUCCUGCCCAGGCCUGUUUUUCUCUCCCUUAUUUUCCACAUCAUUCCUAGCAUAUCAAGGCCAUACCCCUUGCCUUUUUGAUCCAAAGAAGGGGAGAGGAAAGACUUAUUUUAAGGCAGAUCUAUUUUAUGCUUUUGUUUAAAAAAAGCAAAUCUAUUUUCAAAUUGUGCAAUGUCUGAAUGGAAUUGGCAAAUGAGGUGAGGAGACGGGGUAACUGCCUUUAGGUCCCAACCCUGUGCCCUUCCCUCUGCCACAGUGGCUUCCUUCCAUCCUAUUCCCCAGUCAGGAAAGGGCUGGUCCCCAGAGCUCACCCAGAAAGCAUCUUGCCGGGGGCAGGGCAUUCCCUCCGAAGUCUUGGCCUAAGGAUUUUAUUACACUGUGCGCUCCUGAUGGCCCUCUGCGGUUGUCAGGCGUGAAUCCUCUGGAAGGAACUAUUUGCCGUAGUAUGCACAAAGGAGACCCAUGCAGGCAUGCACCCCAGAUGGGCUGCUAGACUACCCCUCUUCAUCAGCCUGCUGGAAAGAGCAGACAGCAUAAUGGCAGCCUAUGCCAAACAGCACUAAGGAUGUCAGUCUACGAGAUGGUGCCAAGCCCAGAGGCGGCGGCUUGGGAUCCUCUGGGCCAUCCCUGGCCCUUUAGCACAGACACGUGCAAGUUCCUUGGGCUUGUCACACUCCUUUUCACUUGAUCCCUCUCUGGCCUGGGUCACAUCUAUGACAUCCCCCCUCUGCAACCUUUCUCUCUGGGGGCUGUACCAAAGGCAUGGUACCUCAGUCUGGCAUCCAGACUGUGAAAUCAGCCUCUGGGCCGAGGAGGGUCCUACAGACAAGGUGGCAUCUCAGCAUCUCAGCCUCACCCAAGAAACCCCCGGGACUUUACCCCAGCAGGCUGCCACUGGGGCACCGAACUAAGCCAGCUCAGCCUUCCGAACUGCUUAGCCUUUGUCAACCAUCAAAGUGGGCAAAGGGUCUCCGGCUUUGCAAGGAUUUGGGCAGGAUGGAAGUCUUUGUCUAGAUCUGAAAUCAAGGGCUUGGGAAUCUAGAGCAGAGCUCCUGGCCAGCGUUUGAAGCCUGGCCUCCCACCUGGGGCAUUUACUGACACCCUGUCGCCAGCCUAGAACAUCCUGCUCUGAAUGAACAGAGCCCAGAUGGGGGUCCAGGGCUAAGUGACCCACCUGGGGAAGCUCUGAUUAUUCAUCCAGGGCCUUCUCAAUGAGCACAUUACCUCCAUGAUCAAUAACCAAGAGGCUGCAAUCAAAUACUGCUACUGUCACUUUGAAGAUUUUCUAAGGUCGCAAGUGGCACACUUGCUCUCCGGCCUUUGGGAAAGGCAUGUUCUUGGGCAGGGCUGGCUAUGGCAAGAGGGAACAAAUUCCUUUCCCCUUUAGGCACCCUCUACCUGGCAGCUCUUAAAACUAAGAAAAAAUAUUAUAUACACACACACACGUGUGUAUAUAUAUAUAUAUAUAUAUGCACACACACACACAUAUAUGUCUAUUUAUGCACAUAUUGGGGCCAAUUUGAUUUGCUAGUAUUAGACAAUAAACCAUACAAGGAAAUUUAUUAUCUCAGUGUCUUUAUUUAGUAUAAAAGUGGCCUUAGAAGAAGGGUGAAGGUUAGAUAGAUGGAAUCUCUGUCAGGGGACAAACAACUGUAGCAUCCCCUUAGCAUCUUUCUAGCCAAUGAGCCCCCUCCCCAGGAGGAGGGGGACGGCCUGACUGAAACAGGUGAGAGUUUGCUUCCUCCUUUCAGCAGCAUUCUUUUUAGAUUUAGGUACUGAAGAAUCCCAGUGAGUUCUGCAUUUGUAUCUUGCAAGUUUGUAUAAACCCAAUACAGGAAAUAAAAUGAAUGGUUUGUA